GGGAUUCACCAAUGUGCAUGUCCUAUGUACUGUACAUGUGGACUAGCAGAUGUUGCAGCCGGAAGACGAUGCAGCAUGGCAACUCCUCGCGGCGUCAGGAAAUGAGAGGCCUCGAGUGGUGCUGCAGCGGAGAAUUUUCAUGCUGCUGAUGCUGAUGCUACUGCCUGUCGCCGAUCAGACGGCUCUACCUAUCCGGAGGCCAAGGACGAAACAAUUGCGUGGAGGACAGGGAGAGAGAAACCAUACAUCUUCAGGCGGUCCAGAAAGGCCACUCGUGUUGAUUCGUCCUUCCCCAGCGUUGGAAACGGGGAACCAAUCGGCAGGGUUGCGUGACAAGAUCGACUUCCGCGUGAGCCGAGUAGAUUGAAUGGAAAAUCAGUUCAUCAAUCAAUCGUCUUGUUGUCCUGCUGCCCGUUGUCAAGCGCCUAAAAGCAUGAAUAUACUGCCCGGUUCUGGCCCAACGCACGCCAGGGGCUGCGGACUGAGAAGAGGGAGGGUGGUCCACUCUUGUGCGCCCGUACGGUCACGACAGGGCGCAUUGCAGGCUACUCUUCAUCACCCUGGUUGCCGGAAGAAGGAGAGAGCGUGUCACAGGCAAAGGAACGAGAGCAGCUACAUCAACCGUGCCCUCUGCUGCUAAGCCAUUCGAGGGACUUUCAACAUUGGUGAGGCCUCCCCACCUUGCCUGUG